AUGAACAGAUCGGGUGCCCAAAAACACUCGACACUGGUAGGGGAGGAGAUUCUAGGAGAAAUACAUAGGGAAGAAGAAGAAGAAGAAAAAGAAGAUGGAGGCAAAAGAGAGGAAGGUUCCUCGGCAGAAAUUGUAGAGAAUGCAGAAGCAGAAACUGAAGGAAAAAAAGAAAGCCAAGGGGAAGCAGGAUGGCAGGAUAUAGAAGAAAGCAUCCUGGCAACUUUCCUGUUCGAUAAGGGGGAAAGAAUCGAAAUGCAACAAGUAAAAAAAAGAAAGGGGGAUAGUCUGGAGAUUAAUGAGAAAUUUAAGAAGGAGAAAUUAGAAGAGAGUAAGAAAUACUCUGAAGAAACGGAUAAAGAGAGGGUCCAGAGGAAGAUAAGGGAGAUGCUCGAUAUCCUAAACACGGAUGGAUCCAUAGAACAAGAGAGGAUUAGAAUGAAGAAGCUACUGGGGGAAAUAAACACGAUUCAAAAUAAAACCAGCCAUAUCCAAGUGUCAAAAGGAGAGGAAGAAGAGAUAAAUGCGAGCAAUGUCAAUUAA